AUGUCCGGCCAGGGCACAUCCAAACCCAAGAAAAAAUACAGGAUUGUGGAUCCCUCUGGAUCUUCAUCAAGCGCACACGACCAAACAAGCAAGCGUGGCCAAGUAUACAACACGGCCAAUGUCGGUCUCGACGUAUUGGCAAACAUCGCCGAGGGAUCAGAUAUCCUCGCUCCUCUCAAGGCAGCUUGUAAAACAACACAAUCGAUCCUUGGAGUCGUCCAGGCGAUAGAGAAUAAUCAACAAGAAUGGGUCGAUCUCAUACAACGUCUGAAGGAUUAUAUAUCUGCGCUCGAGGAACGAAUCGUAUUGAUCGAGGCGUAUCCUGUACAGGGCAGGGCCAUCGACAAGGCAGUCAGACAGCCGCUUGUUCGCUAUGUCGAAUUCCUCAAAACUAUGCAUGAUACGGUCAUCAAUCUUCAGGCCAAACGCGACCGCAAACUUGGCUUCUUUAAGUCAUUCAGCAAAAUGAAGAUUGACGCAGGGGAGAUCUUGAAACUCAAUCGAGAUAUCGAAGAACGGCAUAGGCACCUUAUAGAGGCCUUGGGAGUGUUCACCGCCGUGCAUGUUCAAGUCAUCGAGGAGAGUACCAAGGUCAUUGAGGAGAAUACCAAGGUUCUUCUAACAGACGCCGAUGUCUCUGCUAUGCUCCAACUACCAAUCGUCGCAUUCGCUGCGUCCUCAGUCCACAGGACCUGCCUGAAAGGAACACGUGAAGCUGUUCUUCAGACUAUCUGGCACUGGGCCGACGAUGAUACGUCAGAGAAGCCAAUCUUUUGGCUUUGUGACAUUGCCGGCUCUGGCAAAUCGACAGUCGCAAUGUCCGCGGCCGAAUCCAACGAAGCAUCAACCACCGAAAAAUUCUGCUCCACCAUCGCCAGAGACCUUGUUCACCACAUCCCCGAACUGGCGCCGCACGUGGCUGGUGCCGUGAAGCGGAAUCUGUCCGUCAUGCGAAGCUCCCUUGACGAACAGUUCAAGACACUCAUCACGGAUCCUCUCCUUUGUCGUCAAGGGCGCGUUAUUCUUGUUAUUGACGCUCUUGAUGAAUGCAAAUCUGCAUCACAACGACGAAAGCUUGUUGAAGCCGUAUCUACGGCUGUUCGAGCAAACAAGAAUCUCAAGAUAUUCAUGACAAGUCGCCCAGACCCUGUUAUCGACGCAGUCUUAGGGCCACUCUCCAUCAAAUCCAAGCUAGAGGACCGCCUGCACGAUGUCCGUCACAGCGAUAAUAUUGGUGAUAUUACAAUCUAUGUACACCAAUCGCUAGAUGGAAUUCUGUCCAAAGAAAAGAGGCAGAAGCUGAUCGACAAGUCCAACGGGCUGUUCAUUUGGGCAAGCACCGCAUGUCGAGUGCUCAGUGAUUAUACUAGCUUGAUCCCGGCGGAAAGCACAUACAAUCGUCUAGUCUCGAUGGAUCAGGCUGGGGCCAUAGAUGAUCUGUAUAGCCUCAUCUUCGAGCGGGUAGCACCCGAGUAUCAUGCGGUCAUGUAUCAAAUGCUUGCUCUCCUACUCGCCGCAUUUGAACCUCUCACCGCCGACGACCUGGACGACAUCCUGAAGCAUGCUGGAGUAGAGGGAAGCGCAAGCGCGUUGGUGCGGAAUCUUGGAAGCGUACUCACAGAGGAUGGAGCCACAAAGCAAAUCCAAUUUCGUCAUCCAACUCUCGUUGAGUACCUUCGACGCUGCUCCAGUAACCCUACUGUCGAAGCGCACAAUAAGGUAUAUAUCGACAUGGCCAAUGCACAUGGUCGAGCGGCAUCAUGGUGUUUCAAGAGCCUCCAGUCACGAACUGAAGGUCUAAAGUUUAAUAUAUGUCAACUUGAAUCAUCUUUCUAUCUAAAUAGGGAGAUUCCAAACUUGGACGCCAAGGUAUCAAAGUUCAUUUCCAGACGACUUCGGUAUGCCAGCUCUCAUUGGUCGUUUCAUGCGGCGGAAACCAACGACAAUUGGCGAUCAAUACUCAAAAAGGAACUUCAUAAUAUUAUACAAGUUCCACAUGUACUAUACUGGAUGGAGAUACUGAGUUUUAUUGGAGGUGUACCACGAGCAAUCACUGGCCUUCGGGCUAUUCCACGCCAGAGACUUGAAGAGGAGGUCCAAAACGGCAUAAACGAAAUCCAACGAUUCUUGAUGGCGUUUUCAGUGCCGAUUCAGGACAGCGCUCCACACAUCUACAUCUCUGCGCUUCCUUUUACUCCGACAAAGUCGAAUCUGCAUAUAGAGGGCCUCAAAAUGCAUAGGAAUACUCUGGAAGUAACUCGAGGGCUCGAAGCAACGUAUCCUGGGCUGCCUAUAGCUCUUCGAGGUCACCAAGGCAGGGUCAACGCUGUCGGAUUCUCGCCAGAUGGCUCACGGAUCGUCUCUGGCUCGUGGGACGAGACAAUUCGACUAUGGGAUGCAAACACUGGUCAGUCGUUGGGAGAGCCACUCCGAGGUCACCAACGCUCGGUCAAGGCCGUCGGAUUCUCGCCAGAUGGCUCACGGAUCGUCUCUGGCUCGGAGGACAUGACGAUUCGACUAUGGGAUGCAAACACUGGUCAGUCAUUGGGAGAGCCACUCCGAGGUCACCAAGGUUCGGUCAACGCCGUCGGAUUCUCGCCAGAUGGCUCACGGAUCGUCUCUGGCUCGUCCGACAUGAUGAUUCGACUAUGGGAUGCAAACACUGGUCAGUCAUUGGGAGAGCCACUCCGAGGUCACCAAGGCUCGGUCAAGGCCGUCGGAUUCUCGCCAGAUGGCUCACGGAUCGUCUCUGGCUCGUCCGACAAGACGAUUCGACUAUGGGAUGCAAACACUGGUCAGUCAUUGGGAGAGCCACUCCGAGGUCACCAAGGCUCGGUCUGGGCCGUCGGAUUCUCGCCAGAUGGCUCACGGAUCGUCUCUGGCUCGUCCGACAAGACGAUUCGACUAUGGGAUGCAAACACUGGUCAGUCAUUGGGAGAGCCACUCCGAGAUGGCUCACGGAUCGUCUCUGGCUCGGACGACAACACGAUUCGACUAUGGGAUGCAAACACUGGUCAGUCAUUGGGAGAGCCACUCCGAGGUCACCAAGGCUCGGUCAACGCCGUCGGAUUCUCGCCAGAUGGCUCACGGAUCGUCUCUGGCUCGGAAGACAAGACGAUUCGACUAUGGGAUGCAAACACUGGUCAGUCAUUGGGAGAGCCACUCCGAGGUCACCAAGGCUCGGUCAACGCCGUCGGAUUCUCGCCAGAUGGCUCACGGAUCGUCUCUGGCUCGUGGGACAAGACGAUUCGACUAUGGGAUGCAAACACUGGCUGGGUCUACGCCGUCGGAUUCUCGCCAGAUGGCUCACGGAUCGUCUCUGGCUCGUGGGACAAGACGAUUCGACUAUGGGAUGCAAACACUGGUCAGUCAUUGGGAGAGCCACUCCGAGGUCACCAAGGCUCGGUCAACGCCGUCGGAUUCUCGCCAGAUGGCUCACGGAUCGUCUCUGGCUCGUCCGACAAGACGAUUCGACUAUGGGAUGCAAACACUGGUCAGUCAUUGGGAGAGCCACUCCGAGGUCACCAAGGCUCGGUCAACGCCGUCGGAUUCUCGCCAGAUGGCUCACGGAUCGUCUCUGGCUCGUGGGACGAGACGAUUCGACUAUGGGAUGCAAACACUGGUCAGUCAUUGGGAGAGCCACUCCGAGGUCACCAAGGCUCGGUCAACGCCGUCGGAUUCUCGCCAGAUGGCUCACGGAUCGUCUCUGGCUCGUCCGACAAGACGAUUCGACUAUGGGAUGCAAACACUGGUCAGUCAUUGGGAGAACCACUCCGAGGUCACCAAGGCUGGGUCAACGCCGUCGGAUUCUCGCCAGAUGGCUCACGGAUCGUCUCUGGCUCGUGGGACAUGACGAUUCGACUAUGGGAUGCAAACACUGGUCAUUCAUUGGGAGAGCCACUCCGAGGUCACCAAGGCUCGGUCUACGCCGUCGGAUUCUCGCCAGAUGGUACACAAAUCAUCUCUGGCUCGCAGGACAAGACAAUCCAAGUGUGGAAUACCGACACCGAUGCCAACGGGGAUAGCCCUGGCCAGGACGACAGAGAACUGUCAGAAAGCUCUUACUUGGGAAUCGCUGUCCCUGGAUUUAUGCACUGCUCUCUUUCGCAGGAUGGCUGGGUGUUAUCUUCUGGCAAACGUCUCUUCUGGGUCCCGUUCAACCAAAAAGUGCUCUGGACAGCAGUCACACUUCUCAUCUUCCUUGUGUGCUCUCAAGUACCGCUCUAUGGCAUCGUCUCCUCCGACUCGUCAGACCCCCUCUACUGGACUCGUGUCAUUAUGGCUUCCAACCGAGGAACGCUCAUGGAACUUGGUAUCACACCCAUUAUCACAUCCGGAAUGAUCAUGCAAUUGCUCUCGGGAGCCAAUUUGAUCGAGGUCGACUUUGGUCUCAAGGAAGAUCGCGCUCUGUUCGGUAGCGCACAGAAGUUGUUUGCUCUCAUCAUCUCGCUCGGCCAGGCUACUGUCUACGUGUUGACCGGCAUGUAUGGCCCACCGUCUGAACUCGGAGCCGGUGUUUGCCUCUUGCUCAUCGUCCAACUCGUCGUUGCCGCACUGAUUGUCAUCCUCCUCGACGAGCUCCUCCAAAAGGGUUAUGGUCUUGGGUCCGGAAUUUCGCUCUUUAUCGCGACCAACAUUUGCGAGAACAUUAUCUGGAAGGCAUUCUCCCCCACGACUAUCAACACUGGUCGCGGCCCAGAGUUUGAGGGAGCCAUUAUUGCCCUUUUCCACUUGCUCCUCACCUGGAACGACAAGUCUCGUGCACUCAAGGAAGCCUUUUACCGCGAGCGACUCCCCAACAUCUCGAACCUCAUCGCUACCCUUGCCGUCUUUGCCGUCGUCAUUUACCUCCAAGGCUUCAGGAUCGAGAUUCCGGUCAAGAGCAACCGCUACCGUGGCCAGCGAGGCAGUUAUCCCAUCAAGCUGUUCUACACGAGCAAUAUGCCCAUCAUGCUGGAGAGCGCUUUGACCAGCAAUCUCUUCAUCGUCAGCCAGAUGCUCUUCAGCCGCUUCCCGAGCAACCUCUUUGUCAAGCUUCUCGGUGUUUGGGAGCCCCUCGAGGACUCGACGCAACUCCAUGCCGUUUCGGGUCUUGCGUACUACAUGUCGCCCCCUCACACCGUCAAGGCCGCCCUCCUCGACCCCAUCCACACUGUCAUCUACAUCACGUUUAUGCUCAGCGCUUGCGCACUCUUCUCCAAGACCUGGAUCGAAGUCUCCGGCUCUGGCCCACGAGACGUUGCCAAGCAGCUCAAGGAACAACAAAUGGUCAUGGCCGGUCACCGUGAGCAGAGCAUGUACAAAGAGCUCAAGAGGAUCAUCCCAACUGCCGCCGCCCUUGGUGGUGCUGUUCUCGGUAUCCUCUCUGUCACCGCAGACUUGAUGGGUGCCCUCGGCAGUGGUACCGGUAUCCUCAUGGCUGUCACCAUUAUCUACAGCUACUGGGAGAUUGGAAUCAGGGAAUCUGGUGGCCCAGACAUGGCGGCCCUCGGAGAUCUCUUGAUGUAA